AUGAGUCUGCAUACCCAAAACUUAAUAGUAAUUCACUAUAUUUUAACAGAUUAUUGGAAUAAGUCUGAGGAUACACAUGAGAGGAACAUGAACCAAUUCCGGACCGAAGAGCGAGUCUGCGACGUACCCAUUGUAGCCACAAGCCUCAAGUUCCGUGGCCACCAGAUCAUCAUGGCCGCCUGCUCGCCCUUCCUUAGGGACCCAUUCUUGUUAAGCCCCUGGUUCGAGUUGCAGGUCUCCCUGAUGCACAGUGCAUACGUCAUGGCCAACCUGCUCCUCUCCUGCUGCAAGGGCGCCCCAGAAUUUGCUGUCAGAGACAUCGUCAACUGCCCAACAGCUAUCUCGUACCUGCAAAAGAAACACAUGGUGGAGAAAUGGUAGAACACCCUUAGCCAGUUCAUGGAACCCAAAAUAGGCCUCAAGGAGGAUGGGGUGGUGAGCAGUGUCAGUGCCAUCAAGUCACUCCUCCCUCCAGGCAGGACCCCAAUGGCAGACGGCAAGCUGCCCCCACCUUCUCUAUCCCUUCCUCUCCUGCAGUCUGUGAAGCUAGAGUUCCCACUAGAUAAGGACCUACAACUGAAGGGGGAGGGGACGGGAGGGGGGGAGGAGGAGAAGGAAGAGGAAGAGGUAUAUGACAUCAGAGUCAUGAAGGUGGAGUCUGCCCUUGAGGUGGCAAGCCACCUCAAACUUCCUGGAGACAUAGGAAGCAGUCUGUGUAUUGGGGGCUCUGCAGCCAGCCAUCGUGGAGAGCUAGCCCAAAGUAGUGUGGCCCCCAACAUUGUAACUCCACCACAAGGAGUCCUGAAACCUUGCUACAACCUGUUGGGGGACACAGGAGGGGAAAGCCUGCUGUUGAUUCCUAGAGUGGGCCUGAUGGAAGCAGCAGCAGGGGCCAUGGCUGCUCAGAGGGCAGGCAGCCUAGCGGCAAGGGGCAGCCAAGGGCCCUUGCCAGGGGUCUUUUUGAGUGGAAACCCCACGUGCAUGCACAACAUUUCAUCUUCAGGUGCCCACAUGGUAGCAAGCCAUAAAACCAUAGCAGCAACCUCAGCCACCACAUGA